AUUUUGUUGAGUCAAUAUUGUUUGCAACUUUGCUUCGUUUUGUUAAAUAUUUAAAUUGUAUAAAUAGAAUAUUCUUUUAUCUUAUAUUUGUUUUUAUCGAGAGAGAAAAAUAUUUGUCUAUGAUCUAUGCCACGUAAGAACAUCAUCGAGAGAUUGUUUUCAAAUCUUCAAAAAUAUUUGGCGGUAUCCUCAAAUUAAUAUAAAAACCGGCCUUAAAAAAUAUAUACACACACACACACUUUUGGUCACGUGCUCAACUCCCCCUCCAACUCAAAGCAUCAGCUGUCAAAUAGACGUCAGAUGAUUGUUGUUAUUUUGAUAAAAAAUAAAUAAACAAACUUAUUUUGUUGAAUCAAAAAAAAAACAAUGAUUCAUUUACAAAAAAUUAAUUUAAAAUUGUGUCGAUUAUGUGGCAAGGAUAAACCAAGAGGUACAGAUGUUUUUGAAGAUAAAAUAAAAGGAGCAGUAUUAAUUUCAAUAAUCAAUAAAUAUUUUCCAAAAGAGGUGAUAAAUGUAUCGACAAAUGAUAUAUUUUCAAAAUAUGUGUGUAUGGAUUGCGAACAAAAAAUAUGUAGUUUUGAUGAAUUUUGUUUGAUGGUUGCAAAUGUACAAAAACAACUUACUGCACCAUCAUUAGAAAUUGACUUUGCUGAGGAUAUGUUGUGUCAUUUGAAAGAAAAUGAAUUGUCAAUAGAUAAAGAAAAAUAUUAUUCAAUUGAUGAUAAUAAUAAAAAACAUAAAUGUCAACAAUGUGGAAAAACAUUUAGAUGUCAUGCACAUUUGGAACGACACAAUCGUAUUCAUACUGGUCAACGACCAUUUGUAUGCAAUAUAUGUCAAAUGUCAUUUAAUCAACCAGAAAUAUUAACAAAACAUCUUGAAAGUCAUCAAGCAAGAAAAAUGUAUAAUUGCAAUAUUUGUAAUCAAUCAUUUCGUUUUAAAGUAUCAUUAAAAUCUCAUAUGUUGAAUUUACAUCCAUCAAAUGAUAAUACAAUAAUAACAAAUAAUAAAAAUAAGUCAUUAAAUUGCAUUGAUUGUGGAAAAAUAUUUGCAACAAAAUAUAAAUUACAACGUCAUAUGAGAUGUCAUACUGGUGAACGUCCAUAUAAUUGUAAUUAUUGUAAUCGUACAUUUUCACAAACUGGUAAUUUAAAAUUACAUCAAUUAAAAUGUUCAUCAACAAUAAUUGAAAUACAAAAUAUACAACAACAACAACAGCUCCAACAUUCAACAAAUAUACAACAUAAUAAUAAUGAUAAAUUAAUAUGUUUAAAUAAUGAUUUAAAUGAACAAACAAUUGAUCAUCAUUAUUCCCAAAUAUAUAUAACUGAUAGUGACAUCAAUCAAACAAUUAAUGAAACAAUUAAUUCAACUGUUAAUGAUACAUCAUCAUAUUUAAAAAAUUAUGAUAAUCAAAUAUAUAAUAUUGAUAAUGAUAUUGAAACAAUACUUAAUUGUGAUGUUGAUCAUCUUCAAACAACAAGCAAAUAUACAAAUAAUGAUGAUGAUGUUGAUAAAUUAUCACAUUGUUUGAAACAACCAGAAACACCAGAAUUAAUUCACAGUCUUCUGUAUGAUGAAUUAUAAUUUAUUAUUGAAAAUAAAACACAGACAAGAAAAGUCAACACAGAUUAUAUUUAUAUCAUUAUCACAUGAAGGAAAAAUUAUUAUUAUAUUAA